ACUGCGCCUAUAAGUCGCACAAUUAUGCCAUUUUUGACAAUAAAUUCUGAAACCCUAACUUGUUCUUUUUUCCAUAAUCAAAGAUACUCACAGGCGCAGCGAUUAGUUCAGAUAUUGUAAGCGAUCUCACAUCGUGAAUCGUUGAUACAGCUUCGUGUCUGAGUUGAAGUAGUCAUCACCAUGACAUUGAGAAAGGGAAGCAAAGUGGAGAUACCUGGUACUACUGAUGGACCUAGUGUGGAAUGGCGAUGUGCGCGAAUAAUUUCUGGUAAUGGGCACACCUACAGGGUUCAGUAUAACCGUUCUAGUACAACAAGUGAGUCUAGCAUAGUAAGAGUUUCAAGGAAUGCCAUCAGACCAUCCCCCCCUCCAGUUAAAGGUAUUGGGAAUUGGGCAGCAAAUGAUCACGUGGAGGUUUACAAUUUUGGUUCUUGGAGAGCAGCCACUGUUUUGAAAUUCAUUGAUGGAGAUUUCUUCUUGGUAAGGCUAUGGGUAUCUUGCAAAGAGUUAACGGUACUCAAGGUAAACAUGAGGGCACGCCAGACUUUUCAAAAUGGUCAAUGGGUUCUUAUGUCAAAGGGAUCUGGCAAGUCACCAGUUGGGAAGUCUAACUUGAUUUCUAACAGCUCUAAGGAUCAGCCUGAAAAUAAGUGCCGAAAUAUUUUUUCUCAAGGAUUAGAUGCCAGUGAUCACCAGGAACGCGUGGUCUCAUCUUUAACGUUGAAAAGAAUGUCCCCUUUUGUCUCCUCUUAUCCCAGAAAAUUAAGGACUAUGUCGAAUAUGGGUGAGUGUGAAAGAUUCAAAGCUGUAACUACAGCCCCCUUGCUGCAAAAGGUACAUGCUGUUGUUUACCCACAAAAUAAUAUGGGUGAAAAAUGCAUGCAUACUUCCUUUACUAAUGGUACCAACAAAUAUUAUGAAACAGGAAAGGAGAAUUCUUGUAAUGUUUCAACACACUUUCUUGAACGAAUUGAAGAACCUGAUUAUUCUUGUAGUGAUCUGAGUUCUGUUGGCAGUUGUAGUGUGAUUAGUAGUAACUCAAAUAAAAUUUCCAGUGAUACCUUAGCAGGUCCUUGCCAAGAUGAAGAUACCCUUUGCAGUGAUGCAGAAUCUCUAGAUGUUGGAGAUGUGGAUAAAGGAUGCUCCACUUCUACCAGUGAGGUUGCAGCAGAAACAAUUCAUAGGUUUGAGUUGAAUGCAUACCACAGUACCCUAGAAGUUUUGUAUGCCUCUGGUCCUUUAAGUUGGGAAAAAGAAGAAAUAUUGACUAACCUUCGUAUUUUACUCAAUAUUUCAAAUGAUGAACAUUUGAUGGAGAUAAAGAACUUAGGUUCAUGUGGUCAGAAUUUUUAAAUGUUUACAUUUUAAUCCCUCAUUUGUACAGCCUUAUUAGGUUCUGAAGAAGAGUACAUAUUUUUGAAUAAAUAUUUUUUCUUCAAAUUUCUAUAUUGGGGAAAUUAUGUUGCUAUACUCUUUAUGUAUUUGCUAUUCUCUUAAUCUCUCUCUUUGACAUUUGAUUUUGUAAUUUUUCCUUUUCAAUUGGUACGAGUUCGUAGCUUCUACACGUGCUAUGAUUUGCUGAUAUGAGAUAUUCAUCUGAUUGUCUCUGACUACUUGUAUAUCAUGUAAUUUCCAAGUAAUGAUUAACGACUUCAUGAAUUUGCAUUUACAGCUUGAUUAUAGUUCUGAAUUUAAUCUGAAGUAUUGCUUAAUUUGAAUAAAAUAUAUUAGCGAUCUAUUUUAUGGCAUCAUCUUUCUGCCAUUUGACUAUUAUUGAUGAAUCAACUACAAUUUUCCAGGGCCAGUGUAGGAGGCUUGCAUGCCUUGCUUCCAAUGGCUAAAUAUGAUACUAGGUUUGCUUCUCCUCUCUCUGCAAAUUAAUUGGUCUCAUCUACCAAUAAUUUUCUUACUGAGAUUUGAAAAUUCUGACCACUGUAUAUCACUCAUGUGAUUCAAGAACAUGAUCUCGCUUUUAAAUUGCAGAUGUAAUCCUCAUAUGGCAGGUCUUAUUGUGCAAUUAUUCAGAUAAUAAUAAUUUAAUUCAUUUAUUUGCAUACGGUGUGAAGUAUCUUCACUGUUACUUGAAUACUUUAUCCUGUAAGGAAAAAGAAAUGAUGCUAGGAUGUUCAGAAUCUGUUACAUAUCAGGUAUCUAAUUGCCCUGGAUUUCUGUCCCGUGGCCUCUCCAUUAUGCAUAAGCAGAUGUGUGGUGUGUUCACAUGGAAGCAAAUUGCAGCUGCAAUAGUGCUUUGCAGUCACUACUUCAAACGGGUAAAAAUCUCACAUCUCGGUAUUUGCAUUAUUGACCUAAUUAUUUUAGGGUCGUUUGCUCAAAUAUCAUGUAAAAAUAUUCUCUCCAUUCCCUAAUUUCAUCUCACCACUGUCUGACAGCUGUAUCUCCUUAUUCUUCCGCGUGUAUUGUACAAUUUGCAUUUCCCAAUCCUCUAUUUUUACUAGUCUAUUGCCCACCUUUGUCCUCUAAGAAAGGACACCUUGGUUCGCUUCUGUUUUUCCUUUUGCUUCUUCAUUUUGUGCAGCACUUUUUUGAGUAGUUAAAUUAUGCCUUAAAUAUGCGGCAAAUGUGCAUCUUGUAGACUGUGACUAAUUUUGUAGGCUUUGAUCCUAAAGGAUUAAAUUACUUGUUUGAAUGUACAUAAUUGUUUUGGUCAGCCCAUUAUAUACCGUCUUAUUGUACCUUUUUUAAACUGGUCACUUAGUGCGCAUAUUUUUCUAAACUUUCUUAGAUUUGGAUCUUAUAAUUUCCUCGAGCUUAUAAAAAAUUUAAUUUUGUUCUCUUCACAUUGAUGAAAAUGGCAUAUAAUGGCAACAGGUUAGCAAUGUUUUUAACAGGUCUUGGGAAAAAUACUCCAUGCAGUAGUUUUUUUAAUGGAAAUUUGACUGUAUCUAAGAAUUUGUAAAGUAACAUAGGAAUACGCAUGCACCCGUCAUACUCAAAUCAAUUAGCUCAUUUCCUCUUUUCUUUCUAUAGUGGUUUCUGAGCAUGUAUCCAUUGAUUGCUUUGACAUGGAGCAGCAUUUUCUAUGUAUAUUCUCAUUGAGGUUAAAUUUGUUUUUUUUUUGCCUCAUUGUUUUUGUCUCCAAUAAAUUAUAUUGUUUGUUGGGUUUACGUACUAAUCGCUAAUGAGAUCCGUUGGUGACAUUCUGUUAACUUUUGCAACGUGAUCAUUCUGAUUCUCAACUGUCUAUUUUGAACUGUUAUAUAUAGGAAUAGAAAAAAAAAUAUAUCGGCUAUUCAUAGACAUAAUUCCCUGUAUUUUAAUCCUUUGCACUUUUUUCUAAAACUCAUUUAGGUCAUUCUAGUUGUGUAGUUUUUACGUGGACAAUUUGAAUCCCAUUUGAUGAGCUGAUCAAUGUUUUGGCUUUUGCAAAUCAAGAAGGCUUGUGGAAGCGAAGCACCUGGGAAGAUGUUGUAUUAAGCAAAUCUUAUGCAUAUUUGGGAUUGCCUCUUUAUCUGCGUGUAUGUCUGACUUCGAUUUCGGUAUAUGAAUUUGUCUGAUCAUCUUAAAUCAGUAUUUAUUUGAUGCCAUUAUGUGCUGUUAAGUUAAUCUGUUAAAAUUUUGUAUGAUUGCAGCCCGUGCUGUGUAAAUCAAUAUAGGUUUCAUUCCA